ACCAAUGCCGUGUUUCGUCUGAUGAGUGUGGUGCCGGAGGCCGAAUUUAAGUCCCUUUCUAAUAAAUUUCUUAGCCGCAUACUUGAAGUCUCAACUCUACAAAGAAACCUUAUGUAACUAUAAUGAGUUUCUAUUAUCGUUAAAUUGACCAUUUACUAAUAAGAGACGCGGUACAAUUAAAAAAGUUUGUAGACGGACUUAUAGCGUAACGCAUUUCAGGUUUUACCAAAAGAUAACCCUUUCAUAAACUUAUAUAAGAUAAUGUUUUCGCUCGUUGUUCAUAAAUCAUAAGUGUUAAGUGAUUGAACGGUCGCUAACAAGAUCAUUCGGAAUAUCAAAAAUAAUGAAAACUAUUUACAUAAUAAGUGUACUUGCCUUGCUGGCAGUUCAAUCUACACAGGGACAUUUAGAUGAACUUCUCAUCGGUCUCGGCAACAACGCAAGAGGUGUCCAACCAUUCGGUUUCGGAUUUUCGUUGGGUUUUAACAAGAACCGUGAUAACGAUUACCCUAAUAAUAGUUACGCUGAUGUAUACAGGCUGCAGCAAGAGAACGAAUAUUUACGGCGACAAUACGAAGCUAUGGUGCAAAGAUACCGCAAACCUGGACCCGAGGAGAUACACGUGAACAACAACAACUAUAUGAUGAUGAAGCCGUAUGUUAAUGAUCCCGAUAGAACGGCUGCAGGCAUUGAUCUGAGUAACUUGUGAAGUGGCAUAUAACAUCCUUGUCGUAGACCAUUCUCUUUGUUGUAUCGUUCCCGUCUGUUUGUUAGCUGUCUUCUUACUGUGUUAUAUUGUUUCUUCUGUGGUCACGACCUUACUGCUUACAUUUUUAUGCUGUAUUAAUUGUCUAUAUUUCGUUAAACAUGUGAUUAAACUCUUUGACCUCCGCUGGUUAAUGUAAAAGCCGUC